CCCCCGUUCCUUGGUAACAAUGGAGCAGAAAAUGGCCGCCUGAGAGGGGAGGGAGGGCGACGCUGCGGCUGUUUGGGGACGGACGGAGCGGGGAGAGCCGGGACCGAGCCCGCUGAGGAGCUGGGAGAGCAGCGGACCGAGAGCUGGGGAGGCGACGGCGGGCGGUGGCGGCGGGAGGUACUCUUCCACUCAGCAAGAUGGAAAGCUCAGAUUCUAGUGAUAAAGGAAACGUUGAUCAAUCGGAAGCACAACGUCAGAGUCAGCUUGAUCGGUUGGAUCGAGAAGAAGCUUUCUAUCAAUUUGUAAACAACCUGAGUGAAGAGGACUACAGACUUAUGAGAGAUAACAAUUUGCUAGGAACACCAGGUGAAAUUACUGAAGAAGAGUUGCUGAGAAGGCUACACCAAGUUAAAGAAGGUCCGCCACAGCAAAACAGUGAUGAGAAUAGAGGUGCAGAGUCCGCAGAAGAUGUUUCAAAUGGAGAUUCUAUAAUAGACUGGCUUAAUUCGGUCCGACAGACUGGAAAUACGACACGAAGCGGACAACGAGGAAACCAGUCUUGGAGAGCAGUGAGCCGGACUAACCCAAACAGUGGUGACUUCAGAUUCAGUUUGGAAAUAAACGUCAACCGUAAUAAUGGGAACACAAAUCCAGAAACUGAGAACGAGCCAUCUGUAGAGCCUUCCAGCGGGGAGGAUUUGGAAAACAGCCAAAGUGACUCUGAAAUUCCAAGGUCUGAAUCACCAUCUAUAAGGCAGCCUGGAUCAGAGAGGAGCACUUCGGAGGAGCUAACGACCCAGGAAGCUUCUCCUCCUAGAGGGCAGAGGAGAGCGAGAAGUAGGAGUCCAGAACAGCGGAGAACGCGGGCUAGGACUGAUAGAAGUAGGUCACCCAUUAAUCCAGUGAGCGAGGCUCCUCGCAGGUCUCAUCACAACACGUCAUCUCAAACACUUGAUCACUCCUCGGUGAACGAAGCUGAGGGAAGCUCCAGAACUAGGCAGCACGUGACGUUGAGGCAGCAGACGGUGGGGACUGAGAUGCCAAGUGAAAACGCGGUUCUGUUUUCAACCCCCGAAACGAGGCCUGUUCCUCAAGCGGCAGGUUCUUCAGAAACUAAUGGCACCGGUGAGUCUGCAACCCCUGGUCAGAGGCCUCCUACCAUAGUACUUGAUCUUCAGGUGAGAAGAGUUCGUCCAGGAGAGUACCGGCAAAGGGACAGCAUAGCCAACAGAACUCGGUCCAGGUCCCAGACACCCAACAACACCGUCACCUACGAAAGCGAACGGGGAGGGUUUAGGCGCACGUUUUCCCGUUCGGAACGGGCUGGAGUGAGAACUUACGUCAGCACCAUUAGGAUUCCCAUCCGGAGGAUCUUAAACACAGGCUUGAGCGAGACGACGUCCGUGGCCAUUCAGACUAUGCUGAGGCAGAUCAUGACAGGCUUCGGGGAGCUGAGCUACUUCAUGUAUAGCGAUAGCGAUGCAGAUCCUAGCGGCCCCACUCCAAACCAGAACGUGGAUGCUUCCGAGCCGCAGAACGGAGGCGGUGGUUCUUCAAGCAAUGAAAGCACAGAUGUUAGCUCAGGGGAGGUGUACGAAGGCGGCAAUGAAGGUGGCUCAACAUCUGGUGCCAGACGGGAAGGUCGGAACACGAGGGGAUCGGUCACGUUUGAAGAAAGCGGUUCUCUACCAUUCCUUAGCCUAGCACAGUUUUUCCUACUAAACGAAGAUGAUGACGACCAACCCAGAGGACUCACCAAAGAACAAAUUGACAACCUAGCCAUGAGGAAUUUUGGUGAGAGCGAUGCUCUGAAAACCUGUAGUGUGUGUAUCACAGAGUACACGGAAGGCAACAAGCUCCGGAAAUUGCCUUGUUCGCACGAGUAUCAUGUCCACUGCAUCGAUCGCUGGUUAUCAGAAAAUUCCACUUGUCCCAUUUGUCGCAGAGCCGUCUUAGCUUCUGGUAACAGAGAGAGUGUUGUCUAAAUGAGAUCUGAAAUGAUGGCCGAGCAGCUAGUGUGAUAGUGAUGGGCAAAGAAGUCACUUCCUUUAUGGCCACUUUUUGAGUGGUACCUCAAUGUAUAGUAAUGACUCGGAGUGAAUCUUCCCUCAUGAAAACGUUUUCUCUGAAUUCAAGCUUUUAAAAAUGGCAAAAUUUCUUUAAUUAGGGUUUUCAAGAUCUAGUCAGUUUGGGUGUUAAAUUUCACUUGUCCGAAGACAUCUUACCGCUUAAAAAUAUAUUUUUUUUUUUCCUUUGUGAAGAGUAUUAAAUUCUUUUCUCCCCACCCAGCCCGUGCCAUCCCAGUCCAAUAAACUUUUUGUCCUCAAGAUCGUGCUUAUGAGGAGUUCUUUGAGAAGUCAUCCCAGCUAAAUGUACGUGAGUCAUAGGGGAAUAUUUGCAAGAAAUCCAACUAUCUGAAAAAAUAUGAACUUAAUUGCACAUUUGAACAUACUUUUAAUUUUCGUACUGGGUUAAUAUUGGACAUGUCUGUGUAAAUAACACUAAUGUUAGCCCUUUCCCCAUCACUAUGACACGCUGUAGGAUGAGCUGUUAGCUUAAUUGGGAUAUUUAUCUUGUUGUGGAAAUAUAAGAAUUGCCUAUGCUUGUUUAAAUAAUAAAAAAAAAAAAUCUGUUUUAAAAUUGUAAAGCUUUUUUGUAGAAGCUCAGUACUUUUCCAAUGCACUGUUGUACUAACGCAUUAAGAAUUAAAAUUGUACCAUGCUUAGAAAUCAAGAAUGCUUUUCAUACAAAACCCACCACACGGAGAGCAAACUAAAUCCGAGAGAGCUGCUUUUGUAAGUGUGUACCUGUCAAGAGCAGUGCAUAUCUGUACUAUUUAUGUGAACAGCUACUGUAAUAUAAAACCAGUUGAAUUAGACAUCUUAAUUGCAUUAAAACAAAAUGGAAAUUAAAUGUUAUAAUUGCAGUGUUUUGGCUCACUAAUGCCACCAAAAAAGGAUGAUAAAAAUUAGAAACUGUUCCAA